GUUUCGCUAUAGUUUCAUUGAGCACCUGAAAUUUAGAACAUUGUAUUAACCAUGAAUGUGAGCGAUGUGUCGUUUGAAAAUAUUCAAGUUACCUUUUCCUGGAUGGAUUAUGGAUUGUUCUUGGCGAUGUUAUCGUUGAGUGUCCUAAUCGGGUUAUAUUUUGGUUUUUGUGGCCAUCAGGAUAGUGCCGAUGAGUAUUUACUUGGUGGUAAGAAGAUGUCUGCUAUUCCAAUUGGUGUAUCUCUUGUAGCAAGUAAUAUUUCUGGCAUAACUUUACUUGGAGUCCCGACGGAUAUUUAUCGUUUUGGGAUAACAUAUUACCUCUAUGCGUUAAUGUUAAUUCCAGUAUGUAUACUUACUUAUUACGUGUACAUACCAGUAUUUUACAAGUUGCAAGUGGUCAGCGCCUUCGAAUAUUUAAUGUUACGGUUUGACCGAAAGAUUCGUCUUCUCUCUUCAGGCUUAUACACAGUUAAUACUUUAUUGUAUUUGCCUAUAGUAGUAUACAUUCCUGCGCUAGCUCUUGCGCAAGCUACCCACAUUAGCAUCCAUUACAUCACUCCAGUGGUCUGUGGAGUAUGCAUAGUCUACACGACAAUGGGUGGCCUAAAAGCUGUGGUGUGGACGGAUACCCUUCAAUUUGUAGUAAUGAUUGGUUCAAUCAUUGGGGUAUUCUACCAGGGAGUAAAUGUUGCUGGUGGAAUUGAAAAUGUGUGGAAGAGAGCUGAUGAAAGCCAUCGACUUGAUUUUGAUUUUGAUAUUGACCCAACUAAAAGAGAUACAGUACUGGCCACAUCAAUUGGUACACUUUGUAUGGGCUUCUGUUAUGCUUCCAUUAAUCAAAGUUUCGUGCAAAAGUUCUUAUCAUUGCCCACAAAGAAAGACAUCAAAAAGUCCAUUAUAUUGUUUUACAUUGGAAUGCUCUUCAUUCAAACAUUGGUCCUUGGUAUCGGAUUGGUAAUGUAUGCAAAAUAUUACGAAUGUGAUCCAUUCACGGCUGGUAAGAUUAAAAAGCACGAUCAGGUGUUACCGUAUUACGUAAUGGAAGUCGCCACGUUGAUUCCUGGCUUAGCGGGUUUGUUUCUAUCAGGAAUUCUGAGCGCUGCGUUGAGUACACUCUCAGCAUGCAUGAACAGCCUGGCAGCGUCAAUGUACGAAGACUUUGUCAGUCCUUUUGUACCUGCUAGUACCGGACAGAAGACAAUUAGUAAUAUAUUGAAGUUUAUGGUAGUAAUGAUUGGAUUAAUCAGUACUCUCUUGGUUUACGUUGUUGAACACAUGGGUAGCAUUGUACCCAUCAAUUUUGCAUUGAGCAGUAUUACAAAUGGACCGCUAUUGGGUUUGUUUACGAUGGGUAUGCUGUUUCCGGUUGCAAACUCAAAGGGAGCAAUGUAUGGAACUAUGCUGUCCAUCGCAAUCAUGACAUUUAUCAUAGGUGGAAGUCAAAUUCAUCAAUUUAAAGGAAACAUGGAGUACCCAGCAAAACCGGUCUCCACUAUUGGAUGUGCGAGUAAUACAACAAUUACGUCACCCGGAUCCAGCCACAGUACUGGGCAAACAAAUGAAGACGACAUAUUUGUUUUGUUUAAAAUCACGCAUUACUACUACACGUUUGCUGGCGCAAUGAUAACCAUGGGUGCAGGAGUCAUAAUAUCGUAUUUUACACAGAGCGAUACCGAUUCAAAGGUGAAUCCAGAUGCUAUAAGUCCCAUAGUUCACUGGAUGUCAGAAAAAUGCCAAAGAAGUACCAAAUAUGACAAGACACAUGAAAUGCAAGUAAAGGAAGCCGAAGCAUUAAUGUCGCAAACGCAAAUCGUUGAGAAAACCAAUACUUAAUUGAAUAUCAAAUGAUUUUCACACAUUUCAAGCCUAAAAUAUUCAUAACAAAUGUUUCGCUUUAUUUAACAGUAACACUGGUGAUUUAUAAACUUGUAAAACGUAAUUACUCGCAGCUAACUUAUGUACACAAUAAUAAAUUAAGUACACACACAUAACGAAAAAUGAUUUAUUAAAAAUUAAUAAAUUUUUGAGGGUUCAUGAUUUGAUGUA